AUGCAGGUAGAUCGCCAAACGUUAUUAUUCUUUAUAAUAAUGUUCAUCUUUUUAUCUUUGCCGAAUGGGGCAGACCAACCACAUUCAGCAAAAGAUAAGAAUACAUUAACAACAUAUCAAGAAUCAUUAAAACGUAAUCAACGGGAAUUAUUGAGCUCUGAAUACCAUACUGGAUAUGGAAAUUUGACUGGCUUAAAAUUGUCGUAUGUUGAUAGUCUUGAUAACAAAAAUAUACUGGAUUGGCCAUUACAUAAAUAUAACAAGAAAAAGCCUUGGAUUGAAGACGAGAAAUAUUCCUUGUUUCCGAAUGAUGUGAGUAGUAAGGUGAAAGAGUUUUGGGGUAAUGAUCCAAUCGAUGAGGCGGAUAUUACGUCGCCAGCAUAUCUAUUAAAUAUAUCUGGUAAAGCACAUGGCGAAUUUGAAGUAGAUAAGCCAAAAAAACAAUUAAAAAAGUACUCUUUACCACUUCCAUCGUAUUUACAAGAUUACUUUGAUUCAUAUACUAGAGGCCGUAGGGAAGAACAAAGAGAACGGUAUGAACAAGACCCUGAAAACAAUCCUCCGCCGGAUGAUGUGGGAACUGCUCCAGAUAGAAUCGGUAAUUUUACAGAAGAUUCAGGUAAGCUUUCGUUAACUAUCAAAAGUUUUGAUUAUAAUUACCGCCAUCCUAGAAUGUCAAAGUUUUUAUAUAAUAAGACUACAGACAGUGUUGAUGACGCCGUAAUGGUAGAGGUCAAGCUAAAUUUAGUUGAUCACCCUGAGAUUAACCGACAUGAAUUGCACACCUUGGGAGUGUAUUUUCAGAACACUGGAUCAUUAGUUGCUAGCUCAAGUUCGGCGAAGUUUUCAGGUUUCGACGCGUUACCUCAUUUUGCUAUGAAUGAAGAUAAUUUUAACAAGUCCAGAUUACUAAUGAGCCAGUUUUUGAAUAUUACCGAUAUUAAUAGGGAUAUAAGCAUGGAUGAAAUGAAUUCGGAUAUAACUAGAUCUGUUCAGGAAUGUGAGUAUAUAACUUUCUUGCAAUUUGAUAAAACAGAAUAUCUGAAGAGACAAUUACAAGACAUUGACGAAGAGUUGAUGAAUCCUAGCGGGAGACCAAUACCGCAACUGAUACCACAAAUUGAAGUCAAAAAUGCACUUUUGUAUUCUCCAGAUUGCGGAUUAAUGAUAAAUUUAAAACCCGAUACGAAGCUUCAAGGAAACAAAGUAGAGGUAACUGAUAAUCAGUUCAAAAAAGUCUUGAUCGUCUUUUUAAUUUUAGUUCUGACGCAGCUUUUUAUAUUUAUUAGACAGAUAAAAGAGACCACAACUCCAGGCCAAUUAUCGAAUAUUUCAACGACAACAUUAUCUAUUAUUGGUUUUCAGGACUCAUUAAUUGCAUUGUUUUUCUUAUUAAUAUCCACUUUGACUGAAAGCUUAUACUUGUUAUUUUCAUGUGUCGCAGUAAUAUCAUUUAUCACCUGUGGUGUUUUUGAAAUGAGAUUCAUUGUGAGUGUUAUGGUGAAUCAAGGUAACGAACGAGGAACUACGUGGUGGGAAGUUUUAAGAGGAAGCGUAAGUAGAAAUGAGACCGGGAAUAGUAAUAAUGAUGGCGAUGGGACCACUACAAACACGAAUGAUUUACCAGCACCCGUAACCGCAGCGCCAAUGCCUGGUGCAAACGAUGAAGCAAGAUAUUCGAACGGAUUAUUUGCUAGUGGAUUUUCGUUGACGAUUAUUGCCACAUUUUUCAUCUUGAAUGUACUUACUUGGAGAUUAAAAUACCGUCAAAUAUUUGAAUACGUCGGUUUGUUGGCUAUAAGCUCGUACUGGAUACCUCAAUUCUUAAGAAAUACUUUGAAGAAUAGAAGAAAGACAUUCUCAUGGGAAUUCGUCCUCGGGACAUCCUUGAUUCGAUUGCUGCCAAUAUGGUAUUUGUGUCUUUAUACUCAGAACCCCUUAAGACAUCAUUACGACCCAAUGAUGGCCAUUAUUAUAACUCUCUGGUACGCACUCCAAAUCGGAUUAUUAUGUCUCCAGCAAAUCCUCGGCCCGAGGUUCUGGCUUAAUGAGAAAUGGUUACCUAAGGCAUAUGAUUACCAUCCAUUCUUGAAUAUAUCUGAUUUGGAAAAUGGGUUCGCCUCUGAUAUUUUGUCCAACAUAAGAGCUCAGAAUGAAGAUCCUGCAAAAUCGGAUGUUAUCACUUGCAAAGUUGAUUGUACAAUUUGUAUGAAUGAAAUAGAGUUGCCAAUAGGCGUAAACGCUGAAUCAAAGAAACCUAAGCAGCAUGGAGAUAAAUUUAGAGGUCAGCAAUACAUGAUAACCCCAUGCCGUCAUAUAUUUCAUACUGAUUGCUUAGAAGAUUGGAUGAAAUACAAAUUACAAUGCCCGGUGUGUCGAAACGCCUUACCUCCUAUAUAG